UUUGAAUCCUGUUUGAAGGGGGAGAGGGAAAAGAAAGAGCCAGGGGAAUGUCUGAGGGAGUCUGAGGGAGCCGAUGGGCAGGAGAGAGACUUUGGACGACAGACUGCAGGAAACACUGGUUUAAAAAUACUCCCUCGGUUGCUAGAAAUAGCCUCGGCUUUGUACAACUUUAUCAGCGGCCGAAGGUUUCGGUGCGCCUUUUUGCUGUGCACUUUUUCUAAAAAGUUUGGUGGCGAGCGCUCCGCACUGGGAUCAACCAAAACAACAGAGUAAGGGGGAAAAGCAAGAAGACUUUCGAGCAGCGCGGAUAUAUAUGUUUUUUUAUAGUCUGUCUGUUCAGGAAAAGGGAACUGAAACGACGGGGUCCGGUUUUCUGUGGAUAAUCACAUUUUCUGCCGGCGUCAAAGCAAAACUUUUUUUCAGCGCACAACUUUGGAUCUUUGCGCUGCUGAGAUGCGGUGAUGGAGUCCCUUGAUGUUUCCAAGAUGACUGCUGUCCUUAUGAAGCACAUUUUCAGAGGUGAUCUCCUUUCAAGAAAAAACAUGAGCGACUCUAAAUGGUCGUUUUUGAUCCUCACCUUCAUUUUUGCUGCUUGGAGGCCAGUGACCGCCGGCACUCUCACAGAUUUGGAGUUUGAGAAGAGUCCCAUUACGGUCAUCUCUUCACUGGGCAAACCUGUUACAAUGCAAUGCACCCUGAAGGGGGCAGGGGGUGAAGAACAGGACCCCCCUGAUGUACUCUGGCUGAGAGAUGGCAUUCCACUUCAGUACGCAGACACCAACCAGUUCCAAGUCCACACUGGCAGCAACAGUUGGACGGUCAUUAGCACGCUCAGCAUUGAGAAGGUCCAGCUUCCCGACAUGGGCUCCUAUCAAUGUGCUGUUGUCCUAUCAGAAAGCAACACAACUUAUUCUGAGAGAGGGAGCAUUCAGUUGGAGGGUCUUCCUCAUUUCUCUGUGGAGCCCCAUCACAUGUCUGUAGUGGCCAACGUAUCCCUGAGCUUGCACUGUGUGGCCCACGGACCUCCAGAGCCAGUCAGGGUCAUCUGGCUGCAGGACGGCGCUCCCCUCAACUCCCUGUCAGACCCGGUGGCCCUGUCACCCUCCACACUCAACCUCACAGGUUUGAACAGGACCAGCACCUUUUCUUGUGAGGCCCAUAACCGCAAAGGCGUGGCCACCUCUGGAUCUGGUACCAUCACUGUUCUCCCAUCCCAGCCUCAGAAUUUGAAAGCUUUGGAGAUCACUCAGACCAGUCUCCGUUUAUCAUGGCUUCCCGGUUUUGGAGGCGACUACCCGAUCAUCCGUUGCUCUGUUCAGGCCAAACACAUGGGAGAGUUCUUCACAUCAGGCCCAGAUAAGAUGAUCCACAACCAGAAUGUGAACAUCCCACCAGCCACACACCUCAUCGGAGAUCUGGAGCCCCACAGACUCUAUGCUGUCAGGGUGGCAUGUCACAGCAGCCAGGGGCCCUCUGACUGGUCGCCCUGGGUGGAGCUACGCACCAAAGAAGGAGUGCCAGACAACUCACCUGUUAAUGUGACCGCGAUGCUAAAUGGGACAGAGGUGCUAAUGACGUGGGAAGGGCCUCCGGGAAAGCUGAAUGGAGAGCUACAGGGCUACAUGGUGGAGUACAGCACGCCUGCCACACAGCAGUUUGUUGUGGACACUGGAUUGGACACUGAACUGUCAAUCAAUCUGUCUGUCCCCCUGUCCAAUGUGUCUUAUCGAGUGUGUGCCUAUACAGGGGCGGGGCAAGGACCCUGGACCCCCACACAGACUCUGACACUUAUUGCUCCUGAAAUGGUGGGAUUUAGAGGUCCGUCAUCGCCCCCAGCCUUUUCCUGGCACUGGUGGUAUGUGGUGAUGGCCAUUGCCGGGGCUGUGUCCAUAGCUGUGCUCAUGGCUGUUUACGUGGCCAAGCUGCGGCGCAAGGAGACGCGCUUUGGAGAGGCGUUUGAACCCAUGAUGGAGAGCGGAGAGCUGGUGGUCAGGUACCGCGCUCGCCGCACCUACAGCCGCAGGACUACAGAAGCAACAUUGAACAGCCUGGGCAUCAGCGACGAGCUGAAGCAGAAGCUCCAAGAUGUGAUGGUGGACAGACAUAAACUAACCCUGGGAAAGACCCUGGGAGAAGGGGAGUUUGGCUCUGUGAUGGAGGGGCUGCUGACUCAGGAGGAGUCUGUUCUCAAAGUUGCUGUGAAGACUAUGAAGAUUGCCAUCUGUACCCGCUCAGAGAUGGAAGAUUUUCUUCGUGAGGCUGCCUGCAUGAAAGAGUUUGACCACCCCAAUGUCAUGAGGCUUCUAGGUGUGUGUCUGCAGACUGUGGAGAGUGAAGGUUACCCCUCCCCUGUGGUCAUCCUGCCCUAUAUGAAACAUGGAGACCUGCACAGCUAUCUGCUAUACUCGAGGCUGGGAGACUGUCCUGUGUACCUCCCGUCUCAAAUGCUGGUGAAGUUUAUGACUGAUAUCGCCCGAGGGAUGGAGUACCUCAGCAGCAAAAAUUUCAUCCACAGAGACCUUGCUGCUCGCAACUGCAUGCUGAAUGAGAACAUGAAUGUAUGUGUGGCGGACUUUGGCCUCUCCAAGAAGAUCUACAAUGGAGACUACUACAGGCAGGGGCGGAUCUCAAAGAUGCCCGUCAAAUGGAUCGCUAUCGAAAGCUUGGCUGAUCGUGUCUACACCACCAAGAGUGACGUGUACGUCAACAUGGACGAGUCCUCCAUGGAGCUCGGGGCCGUCGGCGGCCGCGACCCCAUUGGGGGGCCAUCCCCACUCUGCCUGAAGGGCCUGGACUCUGUGACCACAGUGGAGGUCCACCACCCCAACCGCUACGUCCUCUGUCCGCAACACGAGACCAACCGAGCCCUCUCUGACUCCAUGGAGAGCCUGGACAUGCCGGUGUCGUCCUCCACAGCCACGCUGCCUCUUCAGCCGUCCUGCCACUCCACUCCCAACCCCACCCCAGCUCCCACCCCAACUGUCGAGCUGCUGGAGGACAGGGAAGGGUCCAGGAAAAUGCCCUGGCAGUGAUGGCGUCACUCUUAAAAAAAUGACAAGACUCAUCACUGCCAAAGUGUGCCAUCCUUUCAACCCAGUCCAAGAAAAAGAUCCAGCCUCUUGCUACUGACUGUAAGAUACCUAACGCGCCCCUACGGACAUAUUUUGCACAACUACACUCAUACACACACAGCCGAAGGCAUUCCAAGGAAGUGAUGGAUUGGGAUUAUUUCCUUUAACUCCCUCUCUUCUAAAAAAUGAGCACAUUUCCAAGUAAGUGUUAAUCAUGUGAUUAGUGUAGCAGGAGAAACACUGUUACCUACGAUAGUUAGUGGCUGAAGUUUAGAGCACAUGCUGUUGCCUACAUACACUGCUGCACAAUCAGAGAAAUUAAUUCCCAGUCGUUAUAGCAAUAAAAUACCAACUACCUGUGUACAGCAGAGUAAUAUCUCCUUCACGUGAUUAAACAAAAAAAAAAUAAUCAAACGUCUCUGUGAAACCAGCUCAGACACUGCCAGGCUGAAUUUACAACCAAACAAACUCAGGAGCUUGAACUUUCCAGUGAGUAAGUGCUAACAUGGAGGACUCACAUCGCCUGAAGAAACUGUUCCUCUGAUGGAGAAACCUCGCCCAUCCGAAUCCCUGCUCCUGUGUAACUCAGAGCAAAAAUAACUUGGUGGGAAAGGAAAGGAAGAAGCAGCAGUGUCUCUUUCGCUGAUCUGGUGAAGUAAUGGCUGGCUGCUUCAAGGUUACAUUGAGGUUUAUGAUGACAAUAAGAAGAUUUUUCUAGGUUAAAAUCACCAACGUUGUAGUUUUUGUUGGGCUUUUUUUUUAGCUUGAGCAUCAUAAUUUUUGUACUUUGAGUUGUGGUUUUGGUGUCACAGCUUCAAAGCAUGGUAGGAUUUCCUCUCACCAGAGAAAAUCAUGUUAUUUUUCAACUUCAGUUCACCUUACUUGAAGUUAGAAAACUUAACCCAAUAGCAACAGAAUGAAAUAUGAAUUAAAAAGUAAUAAUUACUGAAGAAUUAAAAGAGAUUACCAAAAUUUGCAAAGAAAAUGAAAUUUUAAGCUUUAGAGACUUUCGUGUGAAGCUUUUUUUUAAUGAGGGACCGCCAUUGUAUUAUUCAAAACCUACAGUAGUUUAUGUGAUAGCCUAAUGUAGCGCUCUAACAACCCCUGCAUCGUCUCCAGGGGUUGUACUGCUAGUUGUGCAUCAAGCACCGUGAGCUGUUUACAGUUCACACAAGGCAACUUCCUCACUGCAAAACCUGAUUCAACUAGUCUUUACAUCUUUGUCAUAACUCAGGAACCUGAGACUUUGCUCAACAAGGACAGAGGUACUGGUCAAAUCAAGAGGGUACAAAUAAUCAGAAGUAGGCGGAUGGACUGCGGGUAGGUACGGACAUGAUGGAGUUACCCAGAGCAAAUGGCGGGAUAAGCUCCUCACCUUUGCUUUUGGCUCAAGCACAGUGUUAUUACACAUUUUGUAAUUUUUUUUAAUGCUGAUUUUUGUAUUUCUACAACUUUGCACUAAUGUUUUUAUAUCAAUGUAUGUUUGUUUAUAAUUUGUAUAUCUUUUUACGCUUUUUCAUUUGGUGUUUGUAAUUACUUUUAUGGACACUCUCGGCCAUCCUGCAGAUGCCUCUCAUGAAAUCAUUUCACACGUAACAACUUGUGUAUUCUUAAAUGCAGAGAGCGAAAGCCUGUGAAAAAGCAUCGCAGGGGCGUUGAACUCCAUUUGUAGGAGCGUUUUCCGUAAAUGAGCAAAAGACUGCUAGACUGGAAAACAUGACUAACCUCGUCAUCUGACAUUAUCCUGCCACUCUCUUGUUCUGGGAUAUUUUUGUUUCUCGAGGUCUAGCUCUGUGCAGAAAGCUGAAAACUGAAUGGACGUGUGGCCAUCAAAACCUCUGCUUUGAAGAAAUUUACCAGCUGCAACUUCACAUCAUGCAUGCACUUAUUUUUUUAUAUAUAUAAAU